UAAGAAUUGUGUGGAUAUAUAAAUAUAUAUAAUUUUAGGUGUUAGAUAUGUAAAUAGAUAGGAAGUAGGGGGACAUGAACAUACAUGCCGCUUAUAAAAUAUAUAAAUAGUUGGAAUUAUUUUGACUCUUUUAUCAUUUUGCAGCCAUUUGGGCAAAUUCCUUGUGUUGUGGACGGUGAUUUUGAGCUCUUUGAAUCGCGCGCAAUCAUCCGCUACUUCGCCGGAAAAUACGCGGAAUCCGGCGCCAAACUACUCGGGGAAACGCCGGAGGAGCGCGCGCUCGUAGACCAAUGGAUCGACAUCGAAGCCAUUAAUCUGAACCCGCUGAUCUUCCCCAUUGCCCUAAAUCUCUUGAUUCUCCCGAAGCAGGGCGUAGCGGGGAACAAGGCUGAAGCCUAUUCCUCUGCCAGGAAGCUCUCCGAGGUUUUGAAUGUGUACGAGAAGCAGUUAUGUAAGACAAAGUAUUUAGCUGGGGAUGAUUUUACGCUCGCCGAUCUGACGCAUAUUUCGAGCUUGGGCGUGGUUGUGGAGAGGUGUGGAAUGGGUUGGGUUUUGGAUGAUAAGGAGCGUGUGAAGGGGUGGUGGGAGGAGAUAAGGGCUCGGCCGGCGGCGGGGAAGGUGGCGGAGAUGGUGGAGUCGGAUGCGCUUCGUUACUGGCCGGGAAUGGGGGAGAAAGGGUUUUGAGAGAUAUUGUCGAGUUCCUGAACGAGUUAGUGCUUAAAUUUUGUGGAUUUCCGCUGAUCAUUUUAAAAUAAAAAGAAAAUGUGAAAUUUACAUAUUUA